AUGAUCGCCUCGUUCUUAGUGUUCCACAAGGAAUGGAACGGAGAGGAGGAGCGAGAUCUCUUACAGGGCAUCUACAAAGCGGCUCCUAGGGGCUUCCUACAGCUGCAUUACCCCUUAAACCCUGUCCCUUCCCAGGCGAGGUACCUUCAGUACAUAGCCCACUGCGUCAGCUCUUUACCCCACGGGUUUAUUGAGAGGGAAAGCAAGGACAAGAAGGGGAAGGGGAAGGGAAAAGGGGUGGCGGAGGAGGAGGGCAGCGAGUGGGGGAGCCAGGUGCUGGUUCCGUCUUCUAGAGAGGGGUGUCUGGGAGCGAGCAGCAGCCGGAUGGUGACUCUAGACUGUGUGAUUAUGCGCGGUGUGCCACAGCUGGACGCUAGAGGCGGGUGCUGCCCUGUGAUCAGAGUGUUUGGGCGCGAUCCUGGCCUGCCGGAGAACCGAGACUCGGGGCUGCUGUUUCUGAGCGCGAGGCAUGGCGUGAAUCGAGCCAAGUACUACCUGCAGGUGAGGCAAGGGGUAAAGAGAUCUGCUGAGUGCUACCUGCAGGUGAGGCAAGGGGUAAAGAGAUCUGCUGAGUGCUACCUGCAGGUGAGGCAAGGGGUAAAGAGAUCUGCUGAGUGCUACCUGCAGGUGAGGCAAGGGGUAAAGAGAUCUGCUGAGUGCUACCUGCAGGUGAGGCAAGGGGUAAAGAGAUCUGCUGAGUGCUACCUGCAGGUGAGGCAAGGGGUAAAGAGAUCUGCUGAGUGCUACCUGCAGGGAAGCGGAGGUGGUGAAGAUGGAUAUGACGGCGGUGGUGCAGGGCAGGGCGAUGUGGUGAUCGAGUGUGUGCAUGUGGGUCAACUCACAAGUUCCCCGCACACACCACCUCCCUCCCCACCCACCCUGCCCCCCUUGCGCUCCCCCUUCCAAACAGCCAGAGGGAGGGAAGCGGAGGUGGUGAAGAUGGAUGUGACGGCGGUGGUGCAGGCCGAUGUGAUGAUCGAGUGCGUGCAUGUGGACAUGGAGUGGGGAGGCGCCGAGCAGAUGGUCGACUCGACCGAAUGGUCCCCCUCCUCAACCGCUCCCCUCCUCACCUGCUCCCCUCCCCUUUUUUCCCUUUUUUACAACCAGAGGGAAGCGGAGGUGGUGAAGAUGGAUGUGAUGGCAGUGGUGCAGGGGGACGUGGUGAUAGAGUGCGUGCAUAAAGAGGCGGAGGUGGUGAAGAUGGAUGUGAUGGCGGUGGUGCAGGGGGACGUGGUGAUAGAGUGCGUGCAUGUGGACAUGGAGGGCGCGGGCAGUGAGCAGAUGGUGUGGCGAGUGGCGUUCAACACGGCCCACGUGCGAUCCAACAUGCUCGUGCUCUCGCGGGACGAUCUCGAUAUUCUCUGGCACACAAGGGAGCGGUUCACGCAGGACUUCAGAGUGGAGAUCCUUCUGACGGACCGGGAUUCCAAGGUACUGCCUCCACCAGCCGCCACCUCCCUGGCGGCAGACGACUUCGGCGGUCUACCCCUCGAUUCCUUCCUCAAGCUCAAGGAGGCUUUUGAGGAUUCCAAUUGGUCGCAGGAUGACAGCUCACGCGCCCUAGAAGAGAUCCGCCACACCAUCUACUCCGCAGCCAGUACCAAGAGGAGAAACCGCCGCAGUGGAGGGUUGCGGGUUCGAACCCGGGUGCCGGCAGGUGGGAAGUGGGGCCCAGGAGGGGCGGGGUUUGCAGGGGAUAUGCUAGAUGAUAGCGAUUAUGCUUCGGAUUUGGAUUCAGCUGAUACUUCUCCGACGUUUUCGAGCAUGUUGCAUUCGAGGGAUGGGAGCCCGUCGCCAUCUCGGCCGUUUGGGAGUGGUUUAGGGUUUGGGAUGUUUGGGUUUCCGGGCGGGAAGGUGCGGAGGAAGGUUGGGUCGGAGAUGGUGUUGCCGCCUGGGUUGUUGUUUGCGGAGCAGACUUAUACGGAGGAGGAGGGGCUGACGAGGAGAGAGAGGGCGAGUGCGGGGGAUUUGAAGAUGCUUUGGUUGGAUUUAGCGAAUGGGCCGUCGCUGUAUUGGAAUGAGUGGGAUCCGGAGCUGAAUCCUGUUCUGGGGAAGCUUUUAGGGAGGAUGUCGAAACGGGUGCCGGGGUUUAAGUUGCCCGAGAUGGGUUUGCUGGGGCAGAAGGGACUGGAGAAGGGGGAGGAUGAGAAGAAGGAAGAGGAGAAGGAGGAAAAGAAGGAGGAGAAGGAGGAGGAGAAGGAAGAGGAGAAGGAGGAGAAAAAGGAGGAGAAGAAGGAGGAGAAGAAGGAGGAGAAGAAGGAGGAGGAGAAGGAAGAGGAGGAUGAGGAGGAAAAGGCGGCUGCUGCAGCUGCUGCUGCUGCUGAGGCUGCAGCAGAGAGGAAGAAACAGGAGAAGCUGAGGAAGGCUGAAGAGAGGCGGAUGGAGGCUGAGAGGAGGAGGUUAGAGGAGGAGGAAGAGGAGAGGAGGGAGGAGGAGAGGUGGAAGGAGGAGCAGAGGAGGAGGCAGGAGGAGAGGGCAGCUAGAAAGGCAGCAUUAGCUGCAAAGAUGGCUGAGCCAGAUCCGCCCAGUCCCAAAGUAGCCCCCCCGCCCCCGCCUCCUCCCCCAGUGGGGGGACCUCCCCCUCCUCCUCCGCCUCCCCCUCCCCCACCCCCUCCCCCAGGCGGAGGCGCUCCUCCCCCUCCCCCUCCACCCCCUCCCCCACCCCCUCCCCCAGGUGGGGGUCCUCCCCCGCCCCCUCCCCCGCCUCCUCCCCCACCCCCUCCCCCAGGAGGGGGUCCUCCCCCGCCCCCUCCCCCGCCUCCUCCCCCGCCCCCUCCUCCAGGGGGUGCCCCUCCUCCUCCUCCCCCUCCUCCCCUUCCGCCAGGGGGGCGGGUCCCCCCGCCUCCUCCGCCCCCUCCACCUCCUCCCCCAGGCGGGGGCCCUCCCCCGCCUCCCCCUCCCCCUGGCGGGCCCAGAGGACCUCCCCCUCCCCCUCCCCCUCCUGGCGGGCCCAGAGGCCCCCCACCCCCUCCCCCUCCCCCUGGGGGGGGAAAGGGUCCCCCGCCGCCCCCCCCUCCCCCAGGGGGCAAGGGCGGACCACCUCCCCCUCCCCCGCCCCCAGGGGGAAAAGGCCCUCCAGGCCCUCCCCCUCCCCCCGGAUUGAAGGGCCCCCCUCCUCCCCCCGGGUUCAAGGGGAAGGGUCCCCCUCCCCCCCCCGGGUUCAAGGGGAAGGGUCCCCCGGGGCCCCCUCCCCCCGGGGGGUUCAAGGGGGGGUUUGCAGCUGCUGCGCCCCCCCCCAAGAAGAAGACCCCCCUGAAGGCGUUUUUCUGGGGGAAGGUGACGCGAGUGGUGGAGGGAAACAUGUGGGCGGAGGUGCAGAAGGAGGAGCAGGUCGCUGCUACCCCCAAGCUGGACCUGGAGGCGCUAUACCCAGAGCUGGAGGAUCUGUUUUCUGCCGCCCCUCCCCCCAAGAAGAAAGACACCGGGCCCAAGAAGGAGGCCAAGCCGCAAGCACUCUCUCUUAUUGAUAUGAAGCGAGCCAACAAUUGUAUGAUUAUGCUUUCCAACAUGAAGCACCUCAAAUACAAUGAGAUUGUGGACGCCAUUCUAGCGCUGGACAGCAAGGUGCUGGACGCGGAGAAGGUGGACGCUCUGCUCAAGUUCUGCCCCGCCAAGGAAGAAGCGGAGAUGCUCAAGGGCUGUGGCAUGCCGCCGGAGAAGCUGGGCAAGUGCGAGCAGUUCUUCCUGGAGAUGCUGCGAGCGCCGCGUAUCGAAGCCAAGUUGAAGAUCUUUGAGUUCAAGCUGUCGUACGACCAGCAGGUCAAGGACGUGCAGCGCAAUCUGGAUCUGGUCCACAAUGCGUGUAAGGAGGUGCGGGAUUCCAAGAGGCUGAGGCGCAUCAUGCAGACCAUUCUGUCGCUGGGGAACGCGCUCAACCAGGGCACCGCCAGGGGCUCUGCCGUGGGGUUCAAGCUGGACAGUCUGCUGAAGCUCACCGACACCAAGACGCGCAACAACAAGAUGACCCUCAUGCACUAUCUGGCCAAGGUGCUCACGGAGAAGCUGCCCGAGCUCGCCUUGUUCUGGGAGGAGCUGCCGUCCCUUGAAGAUGCCCACAAGAUUCAAGUGAAGCAGCUGGGAGAGGAGAUGGGCCAGCUCAACAGCGGCACCACCAAGCUGGAGCGUGCAGUGUGCCCCAUUCUCUCCCUUUUGACCCUUCUAUUCCUCCCCCCCCCCCAAUCAGAUUCAAGUGAAGCAGCUGGGAGAGGAGAUGAGCCAGCACAACAGCGGCACCACCGAGCUGGAGCAUUGAACCACUCCCUGGUUUCCCCUCUUCCGUCCUUCCCCCCACACCCGCACCCCAACACCUCUCACCCCGUUCAGAUCCAAGUGAAGCAGCUGGGAGAGGAGAUGGGCCAGCUCAACAGCGGCACCACCAAGCUGGAGCGCGAAAUGGUGGCGUCAGAGAAGGACGGGCCCGUGUCUGAGAACUUCCGAACGGUGAGGGGAAGUGGGGGGUGGGCUUGA